AUGGAGUCCCAGGUGCGCCAGAACUUCCCUGCUGAGUGUGAGGCUGGUGUGACCUGUAUGGUGAACCUGGAGCUGUAUGCCAGUGGUGUCUAUUUGUCUAUGCUGAGUUCCCACUACUUCGACCGUGAUGAUGUUGCCCUGAGGCACAUGCUCCAGGUUCUGAAGGAGCAGUCCCAGGAGGAAAGGGAGCAUGCAGAGAAGUUCCUGACAUAUCAGAACAAGCGAGGGGGGCGUAUUGUCCUUCAGGACAUCCAGAAGCCAGAGAAGGAUGAGUGGGGAAUCAGCCGGGAGGCCCUGCAGCUGGAGAAGACUCUGAACCAGGCCCUGGCUACUGAGAAGAAUGAUCCCCAUCUUUGUGACUUCCUGGAGUCUGAGUAUCUGGAGGAGCAGGUGAAGGGCAUCAAGCAGCUGGGAGACCACCUCACCAACCUGAAGUGCCUGGGAGUGCCCCAGAACGGCAUGGGAGAGUACCUGUUUGACAAGCUCACCCUGGGGGAGAGCAGCUGA